AUGCUGUGCAAGAAAUUGUAUCAAGUAUUGAGUAGUGAUUCUACCACAAAGACUUGUAGGUUGACCUUUGCACCUAAUCAACCUGAUAUCAAUGACCCCUUCUUUAUCUCAGAAGAACCUAAAAAUAUUGAAAUAGUAUGUUUUAAGAAUACAUAUUUAUCAAUCUUUAAAGAAGCUCAUGAUUACUUUCAGAACUAUCCGUCGAUAAGUGUCGCAGCUAGCCCAAAGGAUUGGAAUACGUACUAUUCAUCGUUAGGAUACCUCCUCACUACCCCAGAAAAUAAAACGAAUUUUAAUGUUCAUUAUGAUACAUUUUUAAAAAUGUGGGAAAUUGAUGAUAGUAAGGAAUUGCUAAAUCGUGAAUUGAAAAUUGUCCAAAGACUUUUAACCUCAUCCAACAAUCGUUUGAAUAAAUCUUCGUCACUAUGGCAAAUGUACCGAAAGCUUUAUACGCUCUCUAUGGAUUAUAACAAUGGAACAAAUCAUAAUUACAUCUUCACUUUUUUGGAAUCAGGAUCAAAGCAUCUUUCCAAUUAUUACUGCUGGAAUGCAUCUCGAUGGUUUUUCGAUGUUUUUCCAAUUAACGAAAAGAAAUUAAUGAUUGAUAAUGUUAAACAAUUUUGCUUUAAGAAUUUUAAGGAUUCUUCAUCAUGGGAUGCAUUGGCCUACAUGCUAUGCCAGCAGCGGAAGAAAAUCGGUUACAAUAUUAAAAACUAUUAUCAUCCAAAUGAACCAGAUCAAAGGGAACACCAAUGGCUUGAAUUUGAAGUUGAUGAAAUAUUUGCAGAAAUUAUACACUUGAUAGAUUCGUUUGCAGUUACUGAAUUACCGCCAUUUCUAUGCUGCCGUACUAUAGCGGUAAGUUUCCCAGAGUUGAAAGUAAUUACAAAAGUUUUAAAGAAAUGGAGAUCAGAUAUACAAAAAUUCGAACAACAAUAUGGUCCUCUACAGUUUAUUCGCAAUAAUCCGAUACCUGCUUCCAAAUAUACAGACGAUAUUAUCAUCUCGGGGCUUUCACGACACAUUGGCUACAAGAAAAGAUUUGUUGAACAAAAUCUGUAA